AGCGCCACUCUGUUGUUUCUCUAAGCUUAUUAGAAUCCGCGCAUCCUCCCUCCAUUAGCGUUAGGGUUUCUCUGCUGCGUCUGCUCCGAUGCAGGGUAAGGGUACAGGGAGUUUCGGUAAGAGGAGGAACAAGACCCACACGCUAUGUGUGAGGUGCGGCCGCCGCAGCUUCCAUCUCCAGAAGAGUCGCUGCUCCGCCUGUGCUUACCCAGCUGCCCGCUUGAGGAAAUAUAACUGGAGUGAGAAGGCUAUCCGCCGAAAGACCACUGGAACUGGAAGGAUGAGGUACCUCCGUCAUCUUCCCCGCAGGUUCAAGAGCGGCUUCAGAGAGGGUACUCAAGCUGCACCAAGGACAAAGGGAGUUGCAGCUUCCUCUUAAGAUGCGAAGUCCUUUCGGGGUGCACAAUGCUUAGCAGGGCCUCUAGUCAUUGUGUUGGUUAAAAGUUUUACCAGAACAUUGUUUUAUGUUAAUUUACUUUUUGAUGGUCUGUUUAGAAGGAAACUUUAGUCUUUCGAAGAUUGUAGUUUCUGUGAGAGAUUUCUGAGACAAUGUAUUUUGUUAAAGGUUCCUAUGAGUAUCUGAAUUUUGGGUAAUGUGUUUUUGAUGGUAUAAGUUCUGGGAAAUGUGUUGAUCAAUAUUGUCGGCUUUCCUCUGCUUGAUAGAUUAUGAUUCAUGUUAUCUCUGAAGUUGCUGUCAUUUGCUCA